CCAGCACUGAGCAGCCAACGGGUCAUCCAACAACCGGCGAAACAACCCUCAAUUGAUCCUUUCUAUCCCUUUCAAUACCCCUUUUCAAUCAACUAAGGCAUACACAGCAGCAUGUCUGACGCGCCGCUCGUCGUCGACAACGGUACCGGUUUCGUCAAGGCCGGUUUCGCCGGCUCCAACUUCCCCGAUCAUGUCUUUCCAUCGAUCGUCGGACGACCAAUCUUGCGAGCCGAGGAGCGGUCUGGGAAUCUUCAGAUCAAGGAUAUCAUGGUUGGAGAUGAGGCAGCGGCUGUGAGGACGAUGUUGCAGAUUUCUUACCCGAUGGAGAACGGUAUCGUCAGAAAUUGGACGGAUAUGCAGCACCUUUGGGAUUACACCUUUAACGAGAAGCUCCAAGUCGACACGAACGGACGAAAGAUUCUCCUUACAGAACCCCCGAUGAACCCCCGCUCCAACAGAGAAAAGAUGUGUGAAACAAUGUUCGAGACAUACGGUUUCGACGGUGUCUACAUCGCUAUCCAGGCCGUCCUGUCACUGUACGCACAAGGUCUGAGCUCGGGUGUCGUUGUUGAUUCCGGAGAUGGUGUUACGCAUAUCGUACCUGUGUACGAAAGUGUCGUGUUGAACCACUUGACGAGGCGUUUGGAUGUUGCGGGACGGGAUGUUACGAGGCAGCUUAUCAAGUUGUUGCUGAGAAGGGGGUACGCGUUCAACCGUACCGCGGACUUCGAGACCGUGAGACAGAUCAAGGAGAAGUUGUGUUACGUUAGCUACGACCUCGAACUCGACAACCGCCUAGCCGAAGAAACUACCACCCUCGUCGAAUCAUAUCAACUUCCCGACGGCCGUGUCAUCAAGGUCGGCUCAGAACGCUUCGAAGCAGCCGAAUGUCUCUUCCAGCCUCACCUCGUCGACGUCGAACAACCCGGUAUGGCCGAACUCCUCUUCGACACCAUUCAAGCCGCCGACGUCGAUAUCCGCUCCUCCCUCUACAAAGCUGUCGUGCUCUCCGGUGGUUCGUCGAUGUACCCUGGUCUCCCAUCUCGUCUCGAGAAGGAACUCAAGCAGCUGUGGCUUACCCGCGUUUUGCAUGGUGAUCCCACGAGGCUUAAUAAGUUUAAGGUUAGGAUCGAGGACCCGCCGAGACGGAGGCAUAUGGUGUUCCUUGGGGGUGCGGUGUUGGCGAAGAUUUUGGCGAAUAAUGAUCAGAUGUGGAUUUCGAGACAAGAGUGGGCUGAGGAAGGUGCGAGGGCGUUGGAGAAGUUGGGGCCUAGGGGGACAUAG